AUGAAAAUCAAGGGCAAGCAAUGUAAAUUAGCGGUAGUUUAUCAACAAAAGAAAGAAAGCAUCAUUGUAAUUCAGAAGCCUACAGUAAACCGAUUUUUAGUUUGUUUAAAAUGUAACAUGGGCUUAUUAAGUAACAUAAAUAUUUCAGUAAAUAAUCGAUUAUGUGAAUCUAUGAAGCAAUAA